CUAUGUAUUGCGCCAUUGGACGCAAGGCGGCGCCGACUGUUAUUUACCGCUGAGGCCAGCCACGCGGGAGGCGGCGCCCAAACAGCGACAGUGCCGGCCGAGGACUGAAGAGGAAGUGAUCCCACGAGACUGAUCGUGUGACGAGUGAUCCCAGCAGUGCCUUCAUAAGAGAGGUGCGGACUGCGGAGUCAGUGAAGCCAUGCUGGGCUGGCUGGUAACGGCGCCGCUGGCGGUGCUCCGGUGGCUUAUCUCGCCAAUUCCUCUGACAGUGAUUGCCGUGCUGGCCGCAUGGGCGUACUACAGCAUCAGCAAGCGGUUGGACUUCUGGAAGUCGCGCGGAGUGCCCGGCCCAAAGCCACGCCUGCCCUGGGGCACCGAGUAUGGAUCGCCUUUCUCGGCAGUCACCGAGUUCGAGAGCUGGCUGUACAACGAACACGGCGGAAAGAAGUUCUGCGGGUUCCUCGAACUGCAGCAGCCGGUUCUGUUCGUUGGAGAUCCGGACCUGAUUCGUGCUAUCACCAUCAAGGACUUCGAGCACUUCCCCAAUCAACGCGAUCAUUUGGGGACGGACUUUUGGAAGGAGACACUGAUUCUCCUGAAGGGAGCCGAAUGGAAAGAGACUCGUGCCGUCAUGUCGCCUACCUUCUCCGCCAGCAAACUGAAGGCGAUGCACCAGUUGACGUUGGACAACGCACAGAACCUGACGAAGUACUUGCAAAAGCAGAUGAAGGAGGAAGGACAGGUGGAAAUCAAGGAUGCCUUCGGACGCUUCACCAUGGACAACAUCGCGGCUUGCGCGUUCGGUGUCGACUGCAACUCGUUCGUUGAUCCCAACAGUCAGUUCGCCAAGAAUGCGGCCAAGUUCACCAACUUUCCUCCAAUCAUGAUGCUGCGCUUCGUUGCCGAAACGUUCCUGCCAUACAGCAUCGCGAGAUGGUUCCCCGACUACGGCCUCAAGGUAGGCGCUUUCUUCGCAGACGUCGUUAUGAAGACCAUCGCCUAUCGCGAGAAGAACCCUAGCGCCACGCGAGAUUUCCUCCAACUGCUGAUGGAUACCAAGGACAAGGAUGGCAAGCGCAUCCUCUCUGACAGCAGCAUCGUGGCGCAGUCUUCGCUAUUCCUCGUCGCUGGCUACGAUACCACGUCCAUGCUGCUAACGUUCGCUGGCUUCUGCCUAGCGCUGGACCAGGAGAUACAGGAGCGUGUUCAGCAGGAGAUCGACGAGGCCCUGGAGCGCCACGGAGGCCUCACCUACGAGGCCAUCCAGGACAUGCCGUACCUAGACCGGGUGAUCUCGGAGACGCUGCGCCUCUACCCGCCGGCUACUCGCAUGGAGCGCGUCUGCGCCAAGGAGUACACGCUGCCAGACACGGACAUCCAAAUCCCUGCGGGAACGCUAGUCUACAUGCCUGUGUUCGCUAUGCACCGUGACCCGGAGCUGUACCCGGACCCGCUGCAGUUCGACCCGGACCGCUUCCUGCCAGAGGAGAAGGAGAAGCGCCACCCGUGCGCCUACAUCCCGUUCGGCAACGGGCCGCGCAACUGCAUCGCCAUGCGGUUCGCCCUGUUCGAGGCCAAAGUGGCACUGGUCUCGGUGCUACGGGAGCUCACGCUGAAGCCGGCGCCGGAGACGCCACCGCACCCGAUGCCGCUCGAUCCCGAUGCCUUCCUGACGACGCCGAAGGACAGGAAGGUGCCGCUGCUGGCUGUCCCCAGACAGGCAGCGACUCAGUCGUGAGGCAGUGGUCCGAAAAGCCGGAGACCAUUGCUCAACGUAUUGGCCAGUUUAGCUCAGUUCAGUUCAAUUUAGUCAGGUAUGAGGUCGUGAAGUAACGGCUCGUUGAACAACUGUUCGGUGCCUAGGAGGGUCUGUCGCGCAGCUGCCGGUUAGAUGUUUUUUUGUGAGGCAGCUGCCCCUUUUGAGAAGACCUAAUGAAAUAGGAGAUUUGCUUAUGCAUGACGUAGAAAAUUUUCUUACCUUGUCUAAUUUCUUCCUCUGGUCCAGCUCCUUGAAGAAUACACUGAGUUCUUUAUCCAGUUCCA